AGAGACAGGACAUUAAAAGGAUUGUCUUUGUGCACGAUGGCAUCUUUUGGACUUGAGAUUACUGGCAUAUCCCUGUCCUUGCUGGGCUGGGUGCUGAGCGUCAUCAGCUGUGCCCUGCCGAUGUGGAGGGUCACGGCCUUCAUUGGCGCCAACAUCGUCACUGCUCAGGUGUACUGGGAGGGACUGUGGAUGAACUGCGUGUUCCAGAGCACGGGGCAGAUGCAGUGUAAAGUCUACGACUCCAUGCUGGCUCUACCUCAGGACCUGCAGGCCGCCCGGGCGCUCACCGUCGUCGCCAUGAUCGUGGGCUUGGUGGCACUCCUCAUCGCCAUGGUGGGAGCAAAGUGCACCAACUGCAUCGAGGAAGAGGCAGUUAAAGCCAGGGUGAUGGCUGCCUCCGGGGGUGCCUUCAUCACAGCGGCCCUGGCCCAGCUAGUGCCUGUUUCCUGGUCGGCGCACACCAUCAUCGUCGAGUUCUAUAGUCCGAUCAUCCCCAUAGGACAGAAGAUGGAGAUCGGGGCGGCGCUGUACCUGGGCUGGGCUGCCUCGGCCCUGCUGCUGAUCGGGGGGGCCAUCCUCUGCUGCAGCUGCCCUCCGCAGGAAGAGAAACAAAUGCGGUACAGCAUCCACCCUCAGAGUCGUAUUGCUUACUCUGCUGCUCCAAGGUCAGUGGCUCAGAGCUCCUACAAACACAGGGACUAUGUCUGA